AUGUGGUCGACGAGAACCACGGCAGAAGCCGUGAAACGAAAUCGUUCACACGACGAAAUCGAUAAACCGUCGAAGAAGUACAAAGUGUCGGUGCACACCGCUUCAAUGCCCAAACCAUCCAAACGCACAUUAAACAAGGUGACACGGAAUCACCUGCAAAUUGCGUUCGUAGAUGAAAUUACAAACCGCGGUAAACCUGCAUUGGAGAAGUUGUCCGAAAUCGUGGCACGGCUGUCUCGUAUUGCCGUUGAUCGCGUCAUGCCAAGCCCGGAGUGUCAAGUGCCAGGAUUUGACUCAAUCGAUGUAGUCUGUGGAUACAGGGUGAUCAAAUGCAAUGAUCAGCUCUCACUUGUCUUCCUGCAUACAGUUGCUGUCAAGAUCCAGAACGACUGGGAAGGUUUGAAGCUCACACUUAUUCCGGCCAGCGGAAUCCCACUACGACCGAGGGCUCGCAUCUGGAUACCGAACAUGUAG